ACCGUAAUCGAGAACCAAUGGGAAGGCCAUGGGUCGGAAGGUAGGCGGGGCUUAGUGAACACUACGGCGGAAAAUGGCGCCCAGCUCGAAAUCAGAAAAGGACGGUAACAAACAAACGCAGAGAAAACACAAAGAACAUGUCGUCAAGCUUCUGAACCGUGGAAAGUUGUCUGGCCAGUAUUCUCAGCGCUUGUUCAGGAAACUACCACCGCGCGUCUGUGUUCCCCUGAAGAACAUAGUCAGCGAGGAGUUCCUCAGAGCAGGACACAUCUUCCUGGGGUUCACUAAGUGUGGUCGUUACGUGCUGUCCUACACCAGUGAUUGUGGAGAGGACGAUGACUUCUCCUUCUACACCUAUCACCUCUACUGGUGGGAGUUCAACCUACACAGCAGACUCAAACAGGUGCACCAUGUGCGUCUGUUUACAGGUGAGGACAUCUACAGUGAUCUAUACCUGACAGUGUGUGAGUGGCCCAACGACCACUCCAAGAUCGUCAUCUUUGGCUUCAAUACUCGUAGCUCCAGCUCAGUGUUGAUGAAUCUGAUGAUGAGUGAUGAGAACAACAGAGAUAUCUACAUCACCAUCGCCUCCAUGCCUCCUCUCAGACCCUGCUCUCAAUGCUGCCCUCCAAAUACCUCUACCAUACGCACAGGUAGUGGAGAGUGUCUGGAACAUGGCUAUAUGUUGAACAGUCGGUACCAGGUGGUCUAUCCCUUCCCCACCUUCCAGCCUGCCUUCCAGCUGAAGAAAGACCAGGUGAUCUUCCUCAACACCUCCUAUUCCCUGGUGGCCUGCUCUGUGUCCCUCUGUCCAGCAGGUGAGCAGGGUCAUUCCUCUCAGAUCCUGUUCAGAAAGAGAGCCACAGCCCCCACCUUAGAACAUCAAACCCCUCCAUCGCCCUCUUCAUCCUCUUCCUCUCACGGGUCUCCCGACAGCCGCCUGCUAACCGCCAAACCAAGCCCCGCCCCUCUUUCCCCUAGCCAAUCACAAGCUGCCGCCCGGGCGCGAGAGUUCGCCGCCGACCUCUUCAGACGUGCCCAGGGAAGAGGGAGAGAAAACGAGGGAGGGGAGAGGAGAGGGAAACCGGAGGGAAGCGAUGUAGGAGAGGAGGCCGUCGUGACUGAGAGAGAAGGGGUGAGCGUGGAGAGGGACAGAGAACAGAGGGAAGACGCACAGACGGAUCAACUGACUAGCGCACCACAGACUUCCACUUCAGCUGGGAACCAAAGCUUGUUGCGACCUUUGCAGGAGGACUCUAUUCAGUGUAGUGCGGUGAUGUCUCCUGCCUCCUCCUCCUCUUCCACCCCCACUCCUCAUUCUUCUCAGGAAGCAGGCUGCAGCGAGCCGGGAUAUGUCAACUACACCCGCUUGCAGUACCGCAUGCCACAGCCGGGGGCGCCAGAGCAGGAUGUAGGAGGUUAUGAGGAUGAUAGAUUAAACCAGAACAUGCUGAUGUGUGUGUCUGUCCUACAGAGUGUGUGUGUGGAGCAGUUGACUCUGGACUUUGAGUACCUGAUCAACGAGGUGAUCCGGAGCGACGCCCGCUGGGCUGCUCAGUUCUGUUCCUUCAACGACUACGACGUUGUUAUACUGGAGGUGUGUCCAGAGACUAACACAGUGGUGAUCAACAUUGGGCUGCUGCUUCUGGCGUUCUCCAACCCUGAAGAGGAACACUGCAGGCCCAACACCUACCACUCCAGUCUGCAGGUGAGCUGGGACCUCAACACAGGAGUGUGUCACACCGUCGGGGUCGGUGACCUCACUGAGGUCAAGGGUCAGACCAGUGGCAGUGUAUGGAGUUCGUACAGGAAGUCUUGUGUGAACACAGUGAUGAAGUGGCUGGUUCCGGAGAGCAGCUCUCGUUACAUCAACCGCAUGACCAAUGAGGCCCUGCACAAAGGUUCCUCUCUGCAGGUGUUGGCUGACAGCGACCGGAGUACCUGGAUCAUACUAUGAGGGACAACAGAGGGGUGUCCUGACACCAGAGGCUGGGACUGUCACACACACCCAUCCACACAUACAGCAAGCCUGUUUAGCUGCUACAGUAACAGUCAUAGGAUCCCUCUCAAAUGGCACCCUAUUCCCUCCUAUUCCAC